GGAUUGGUUGUUGGCGGGACCGACUGGGUGGGACACUGAUGCGCGAGAGAGAUGGCCGACUGUGAAUUCGGGAGCAUGCAGCGCGCUCUGCUUCUCCUCCUGAGCAGCCACGUGGCCGUCGCGGCGACGUCGCUCCAGCUCUGCGGCACGACGCCCUGCGUCGUUUACCCCAACAACUCGAUGACCCUCUUGGCCGACAACAGCACGAGCUUUCGCCGCCUUGGCCUUGAGACCGUCCAAGCGCUGCCGCCGUCCGCCGCUCGCUUGGAUCUCUCGGACAAUGCCAUCUCCGUCAUCUACCGUCGCCAAAACAGCUCGAUGCUCCAGUCGCUCAACGUGAGCCAUAAUCGACUUGUGUCGCUGGACGCGCUCACAUCGCUCUCGACGCUGACAACCUUGGAUGUCAGUCACAACGGCAUCACCGCGUUUCCGUCCGAUACGCAGCUCGGGCAACUGAGCGCGCUCACGUCCUUGAACCUCGCGAACAACGCCAUUACGACACUGCGGCUCGUCUCGCUGCCGCCCCAGCUCGCCUUCUUAGACCUCUCGGACAACCCGAUCAGCACGUUCGAGGUCUCGGAAGCGGUCUAUGCAGCGCUGGCCAUGCUCCCGCGUGAGAGUCUGCGCAAUAUUUCAACUACAGCGUCGUGCUUUGCGACAUGGCGUCUCCUCCACGACACGACGCGCGUCUGCGUGCUCGACGCAUCCUCGCCCGGCACGGCCUUUCUCUCUACAUCGUACGGCAUUCUCAUAGUCGUCCUCAGCGCGCUCGCGAUUGUUGCCAUCGCCGUGCUGCUCCUCAAGCGGAGGUACUUGUGUCGUCGGCGCUGUCAGCAGCCCGAGCUCGCCUUCCGCGACACGCGCCUCUCAUCCAACUACUCGCGGGUCGAGGAGAACCACCCGGUCGAGUACCGCAUCUCGCUCUCCGUUCAAGUUGACGUGACGUCGUUUUCGCACCAGCUGACUGCGCUCAAGGCACAUCGGUAUCCUAUCAAAGACCUCAAGAAGCUCAAGCUGCUGACGGCGCCGACGCUUACGACGACCACGUACGCUGCGCGCAUUGGCAACGACCGCGUCGACUGCACCGUGCUGACGCCGUGCGCGUCAUCUCCGGUCAUGCAAAAACACUUGCGCGGGCUCGUGCACGCGAUCCGAACGCUCGCAACGCUCUCACAUGAUAACCUUGUGGGGUUUGUGGGCUUUGCCGCGUCACCGUCGCUACUGGACCUGGCGCUCUUCACGGAGCCGAUGACGUAUGGAUCGCUGUCGACGGUCUUCAAGGACCCGAGCUUGAACAAGUACUUGCACUGGACGAGCAGCAAUGCGCUCAUGGUGCCCAAGACGACGAUGGCGCGCAGCGUCGCGGCCGCGGUCGCCUACCUCCAUGAGAAGAGCAUCGUCCACAACGCCAUCUCGACGGACACGGUGUUUGUAUCGAGCACGUGGCACAUCAAGCUGGGCGGUCUCGACCAAAGCGCGAACGUUGUCGGUGCUGACGACGCCGCUCAGUCAAAGGCAACCGAUGUGUACCUUCUCGGGCGAUUCUUCCAAGCGCUCGACUUGUCGAAUGCAGGCGAGCCCUCGGACGGAAUGCCCGACUAUAUGCAAAGCAUCACAGCGGCAUGCCUCCGACCCAAUCCGUUGGCGCGGCCGACCGCCGACGCCGUCGUCGCCUGGCUCUCGACCACCGGUCACGCGACCGAGAUUGCAAGUGACAUUGCCGUUGAAGUUGAAGCGGAGACUGCACCGUAA